CGAAGCUGAAAACGAGGCCGGAUCUGCAACCACUUAUUAUCUAGUGGCUCAUCUGCAGCGACAGCAUACGGUGACACGUUUCCGAGAAAAGUCCGCUGUUGAGGUAUGGGGUAAUUAUGGCGAUUUGAGGAAAAGUGCGUCCAUUUCACGCUUAUGACGGCAUUGCUACCAUAAGGAACAGUCCAUUUAGCAAACAAAAACUUCAAUCAUGAUAGAAAGAUACUAUUAUAUAGCCUCCCCCGUCUCUCCUAGCUGACAAAAUCUCCUCAAACCUGAUCACUGUACUCCAUACAUACAUAAUGUCUACUACUACAUACCUGAGAGUUCCUUCGCGGACAGACAAAGGACCACUGCGUCAACGGGAUAUUGAAUUAGCCCGUAUGCCCUGCUACGUGGGCUAUGACUACCCAGAUGACGCUGGCGAGUUUCCAGGCUGCUGCCAACUUUGCUGCGAAGAUACCGAUUCAAGUACAGUCUUUCGUCGAUUACCCUGCAACCACAUAUUCCACCGACCAUGUAUCGAUCGAUGGCUUUGCACAAGGGAUGGGAGCUGCCCGAUAUGCCGGCGAAAGUUCUAUGACCUGCGUCGGGCAUACUUGGUCGAGGAAACCGUACCAUUGCCGGCGGGGGCGCAGGAGAAAGACCAAUUACGCGCCUCUCGAGAUGCAGUACUUCUAUGGAUGAAAAAAAUUCUGAACUUAUGAGGAUCAGUCUUCGAGCAUGCAUUCGUUUCUGGGCAGUUUAUGAGUUUGGGACUUUCGCACACGAGUUGCGCAACAUGAUUUAUUGAGCAUGGAGUUGGCAUGGCGAACAUUGAUUGGCACUACUAAUGGUCUUUGUAUAGAUACGAACGAACUCUCCAUUUUCCCGGCCCAUAUGGCCGUAUGAUCAAAGCGUAAGACCUUGGCAGCCACGGUAUGGUAUGCUGAUCACGCAGUCAGACCAGAAGGGAGUUCGGGAUGUAGAAGGGGAAGUUCGUUAUUACUGAUGUCAUUCAGUACCGGUGAGAGUAAGGAGAUGUAGCAAUUCUCAUAGUUGUAGAAUGAUGUGAGCAGAGCG